AUGAAGAAGAACAAAGCACCAAAGAGUUGGCCAGAGGCGGGCGUUGAUAAGGUUGAGGGGUCAAAAGAGGCUUCAGCCUCCAGGCCUAAGAAGAAAAAGACACCAAAGACUCCGCCAGAGAAGAGCAAGCUGCCAAAGAUUCCGCCCGAGAGCAAACUGCAACAAAGUAUUCGGGCGCUAAGAAUCAUUGCAAAGCAAAGUCCUGAUGACCCUGAGGCACAGCGUCGAGCUCAAGUCGCUACAGAUCUGUAUUUUGACAGCUGGUCGCGCCACAAAUUCCCAACGCCACUCAUAGCACACAACUCAGCAGAAUCACGGCAACAAACAAGUUGGGUUUACAAUCUCCCCGCCGAGAUUUACUAUGUGAUUUUCGAUCAUAUUGUUGGCGAUUAUCCCAGUUGUCCGCAGAGCAAACGAUUGCGAGCAAAGACUUUGCUAUCCUUGACCUGUUCCUGUCGGCUAUUUCAAGAAAUUCUCGAGAAGUACUUGUACAAACACCCACGAAGUUGGAUGUUUGAUGAGACUCCAUCCAUCUUGAUGUUUCGGUUCUCUUUGAUCAUUGAGCCACGCCGGGGACCUCUCAUCCAGUCACUAUCUAUGAAUGUCAAGUGCCUGUAUAGCAGUUCCCUUUGGCUUGAGAUUGCCAAACUAUGUCCGAACCUCAGGCACUUGGAGAUAGUUGAGACCAACAAGGGGAUUUCUAGCUCCCACCUGGAAUUUUUGAGAAAGCUCUUCUCUGACUGCCCAAAUGUCACGAGGUUUAGUCUUAAUGCAAGGACUUCUGACUCCAAAGUCAGUCGGGCGUAUAAAAACAACAAGGGAUUCUUGAAGUUUUGGAAACAGCUCACGCACGUCGAAGGACUUUCGCGUUCGGAACCAUCCGAUAUAAUUUUGAUCUCCAAGCGAUGUCCCUCACUUCAACGACUCAAGAUUGACUCUCUUGGACAUCUGGAUCUGGGGAGUCUGCUAGACGCAUCCCAUGUAUGGGGAAAGACUUUAAGGACUCUUCACCUCAACUGGCUCACGACGACGAAAGCUGCUGCUAUCCCUCAACUCCUGGAGCAAUUGCCGGUAGUCGAAGAGGUUUAUCUGGCACACCUAUAUGAUGUCUGGCCAUCAAUCCAAGCUCUGGCGCGCUUGAGUCCACCACGACUCAUGCAUUAUAAAGGAGUGAGCCACCGCCGGUGGGACCCUAUUCACUCGCUUGAAGUAGAGAUAGAUAUAUGCGACAUGAUUACCUCUCGAGCUGAUACUUUAGAGAGCAUCAGUAUCACCGGCCAGUAUGAUCUCAAUAUUCGCGUUUUGGAGGCUAUAAAAAAGGCAAAAAAGUUGGAGUUCCUCAAUUUGGAGGUCGAUCGGCUUCUGACUGAUGAAGAACGGGAAAAUUUACAGGCAGCAUGCCCUAAACUUCAAAUUUGCGUUAACCAUUAUGGCAGAGAGAUCGAUCGACAUAGGGAUUCAGACUGGUCCUACCCAAAAUGUGGUAGCUGGGGGUUUAUUCCUGAUGAUUAG